AUGGAUCAGGCCAACACAACAAACUACAAGGAGGCUUUCGCUCUCUUCGACAAGCGCGUCGACUUCGACUCAUUCUCAAAAGUCCUCAACCGCGCCGGUGGUUUCCGUGACCCUGGUGAGCCCGAGGAGUACUGCCGCGGUUUCCAGGUCUUCGACAAGGACAUGACUGGCUUCAUUGGUGUCGGUCAACUCAGAUACAGUACGACUGCCCCUAAAGACGACGAUUGCCAAGAACAAGACACUAACACAUACACAGUUCUGACCAACUUGGGCGAGAAGAUGAGUGACGAUGAGGUCGACGAGCUGCUCAAGGCCGUUGACACCAGCAGCGGUGAGAUCAACUACGUUGACCUCGUCAAGACCGUCCUCGCAAACUAA